AUGAAGUGCAUUUUCAGUGAUGAUGCCGACUUUGCUGUGCAAUCCCCAUCCUUGGAGCCCUUGUUACCACCUGAGGUGAGCACGCCUGACCGGAUGGUCGAGUGCUUGGACCGUGUGCCCGACCUGAGGAUUGAGGCCAGGACGGGGCUCCGCAGUCCCUACACGCUGAUCAAGAGGGCCAAUUCCCUCCUCGCCUACCUUCGUUGGGUCGAUGGUCAGCCCCUUGCAAAUCUGUCCUUCUCGGGUGUGUUCCAAGAGACUCUUGUUUGGGAACAUUUUCAGUACUUGAAGAAAGAAAACAAGCCUCCGACCAGCGGUUCGACGUUGCUUUCUGCCAUGCGGUUCUUGCACUAUGUCCUUGAGGUGGAUGUGCAGGUAUGCAUUUCUAGCAGGCGCAUCGUCGGUGCCAGUCAGCAGCUGGCUGCUAAGACCCGAUGGCUCAAGCAGGCUCGUGCACUAACAGUUGAUCAGGUUCGCAAAUUGCAUGAACUUCUCGAAGGCAGCGACGACCCCCUGUUGCGUUGCUUCGCUGAGUAUGCCUUGAUCGCCGUCUAUGGACGAUGUCGGCACUCUGACCUGCAGUGCAUCUGGGACCUGGAGUGCGAUUUCGAUGGUGUUUCGGGCUUCCUGCAGAUUCGAACGGGUCGUCACAAGACCUCGACCACCGCUAAGAAAAAGGCGCAGUUUCUGCAUAUCUUGGUCCCUGCACAGGGAGUGGUCUCUCGUCCCUGGUUGCCUCUUGCAAUCCAGGCGUUUGAAGCCGUUAACCUGUGUUUAAGUGGCAAGAUUGACGGGCCCAUUUUCCGUCACCCCUUGAUGCUGAGUGCUCUGCCCUCUGUGCUCGAUUCGGGCGUGUCCUCACAUUCCCUCAAGGUCACUGGCCUGUCCUGGGCAUCCAAGGCUGGCACGCGCGCUGGCAUGGACCGUGAUACUUGUGCUGUCUUGGGUCGGCAUGCUCGCAAUCAACUCACGACUGAGGUUGUGUACAGUCGUGAUCUCAGCGCGGCCCCGUCGUUGGCCUUUUCUCGCUUGUUACAUCAGGUGGCUCUUGGGGUGUUCGUGCCAGAUGCUCCUUUACGUGCUUUCUGGAGUGAGUCCUGUGAAGCUUCUCCUGGCCCAACACCGAUUUUGCCUGUCGUGAGACCCUCCGGAGCCAUCAAGGUUGAAGAUUCCGCCUCCGAAGCCGAGGAGUCUGCGCAUGAGAGUAGUGAGGAUUCCUCUGAUUCUGAGGCCUCCCGAAGCAGCAGCUCGGACAGUGUGACCCAUUCCUCGAGCCCUCCCCUCAGCAAAAAGGCCCGCCGCUUUCUGCCUGAGACGCGAGAUGAGUCCGACGUCUGGGUGAUCCACCGUCGUUCCCGCAAGUUGCACUUGGUCCGCGGCCAAAGCAAUCUUGAUGCGCACCUUCAAGUUCUGGCAUGCGGACGUGUGCGCUCCGAUGCGUACAGAGUUGCCGAGGAUGCCGACCUGGAUGCGGUCGGUACACUCAGUCAUGUGAAGUUGAUCGAGUACACUCAGUCAUGUGAAGUAGGCGAGAUGCAAGCUGUUCCGCAUCGCAUCGGCGAGCCCCUCAUCCGUCAACAGUUAGCCGAUGAUCAGUGGCAUACUUGGGUCCAAACCUCCAUCCCCUCUGCAUCAGCAGGGGAAGCUGCGAGCGUACGCCGGCUCGUCUUCGAGGUGGCCCUUGCUAAGCCCCUCGCCCGUGUCGUUGAGUUGGAGCAGCAGCGGCUUGUCCUCAAGGACCAGGAGCUCCCGUGUGACGCCCAAGUUCACAACCCCUUGCUCCUCUCUGCAGCAUUCCGUCGUCGAGGACUGGCGCUGGCAUUUGCCGAUGUGGUUGAUUUUCUUGCACAUGAAAAAUAUGUCAACGAGCUGAUGCGACACCUGACAAACCCAGACGCCCUGCCAGGGGGUGCUUGCCAGCUGCAUCAAGUUGUCGAGGCUGACCAUGUGUGGAUGCUUGAGAAAGGAAUCCGGCCCCGGCGCAAGAGUGAUGGAACCCGUGCCAUGGAUGACGCCCUCUUUGAAGCACUCUCGUCAUAUCGUGUUUCCUUCGUUUUGAUCCCUCGUGGAAGCACGGCCGGCAAAGCCCAAACGCCCGAUGGCAAAGCCAUCUGCUACGGGUUCAGCCUUGGGGAGUGCCGGGUGGCCAACUGCUCCCGCCAACCUGUUCUGGAAGUUCGCGACCGGGCCAAUCUUUCUCCUGCAUCCAAGCCCCUUGGUGAGCCCGUGCCCGCUGUGGCUCUUGACUUACGUGAACAGCCUUCGCCCUGCCAGUGGGUCGUGGACGUGGCUCGUGCGGAGCAUCUUGCCCGCACCUUUGUCAACAGCCCUUCGCUGGAGGCUGCCAGGCGCAUUCUUUGCCUGCUUCCCUCUGAGGUCCCUGCACGGGGCCACGCGCAUAGUGCCUCUCACUCCUGGACCUGCGGCAUGUGGACCUGGGGUGCCCGUGCGGGCGUUCGCGGCUUCACGAAGCGUUUCCCAGCUGUGUCACGGUUCUUUUGUGCUCUGCUUCGCCAGCACUUCCCUGGCCACGCAUUCACGAAUGCUGCUGUGUUCACAAACCUGCGCGCGGAACCGCACGUUGACUCCUGCAACGUGCCUGGUUUCCCCAACCUGCUUCUGCCGCUCAGCCUUUUCCGGGACGGCGAUGUCUGGCAAGAAUCUCCCGUUGGCGGUGUUCCGCUGGCGGGGCACGAUGUCCUGGGCAUACGGCUCCGCGUCAGUUUGGGGCCCCAGACCUUAGACGCCAGCCGCCUGCAUGCCACACUUCCUUGGAAAGGCGUUCGGUGUUUGCUUGUGGGAUAUUGCCUUCAGGGUUGGGAGCGGCUGUUCGAGAAGGAAAGACAGGUCAAAAGCGUUGGGUGUGCCGCCCCGCCCUGGGUGCUCGAUGUCUCUACGCCAGACGGCCUUGCCCAGCUGCUCCAACUUGUGCAAAACCCGCGCGUCUUGGGGUUGUUCGCCGCUCCGGCUUGUGGCACGUGUUCUAUGGCCCGUGGCAUUCCAUGCUGGGACAGCCAGGGCAACCCGGCCGUGCGCCUGGGUUUGCAGCGUGGCAUCUUGAUUGCUGUGGAGAAUCCGCGGUCAUCCUUGUUUUGGAAGACUUCCUUUUGGCGCGACGUGGCUCAUGCUUUCCGCUAUGUGGAUCACCAGGCGUGCGCCUAUGGUGGCGACCGUCCCAAGUUCACCCGGAUUGCCUACACGCAUCCUUCUUUCGAGUCCUUGUGCAAACUGUGCCCCGGCUGCCCUGUGCACGCGUCUUGGGGCGUCGACCCCACGGCCCCCAACGGUUUCGCCACCAGUCGGGAGACCGCCUACCCUCGUCCCUUAGCUCAUGCCAUUGCACAGUGCUUCGCGAGUGCUCUUCCCACUGUCGAGCCGCCGGGCCUCCAGCUUCCGGCGUUGCGCAGCUUGGCUGGACUUCAACCAAAAGCUAGCAAAGUGCCACCCUUGGUCCCGGAGUACAAGACCACUUGCGUGGUCCGGGGGCCCGCCGCCAGCCUGGACUUGUUGCGAGACACCGCCGAUGAGGGCAGGUCCACCAAUGAGCCACUCUUGGGUCGUACCCAUGAUUUGAAAGCAGCGUAUCGACAGCUGGCGGUGUCCCAGAGUUCCGCUUGGUGCUCGUUUGUUUGCAUCUGGGACCAUGAGCGUGCCGCCCCCGUAUGCUUCAGGCUCAAAGCGUUGCCUUUCGGCGCGUGCAGAAGCGUUUAUUCGUUUCUACGCGUCGUGCAUAGCAUCUGGUUCAUAGGGACUGUUGGGUUAAGCCUCCCUUGGGUUUGCUAUUUUGAUGACUUCAUCACGAUUUGUUCGGGCAACCUUGCACACAGCACUGACGAUACCAUCAAACGCUUAUUCAAGCUCCUGGGCUGGACACUGUCCAGUGACGGAAAGAAGGACUUGCCGUUCAGGAGGUCUUUCGAAGCUCUUGGCAUCGUCGUCGAUUUGGAGGAGAGCGCGAACAAAGUUGUGAAGUUUGCAAACACCCAUCCAGGGUGA